CCACGUAUGUAGGACUAACGACCACCACCACUACUCAGUCUCACACCACAUUGACAAUUGAGUUUGGAUAAGGUGAAAUAGAUACUGAAACUCUUUGUUGCUUGCUGCCGCCACAUUCCAAUCACCACUUGCUACCGUUCCCCCGCCCCCGCCGUCUGCAGGUUUUCAUGCAUUUCCGGCCCAUCAAUAAUAUUGUUCACCAUCCUCAUCAUGUAUUAUAUGCCUCAUUAUCGCCUUCAUCAUUGCCUGAUACAUAUAGAAUGUUUACGUCUUCCUCCUCUUCUUCCACCGGAACCAUCACUGUGAAUUCUUCUUUUCUAUUAUAUCGCAACCAUUCCUCAUCCAACCGCCGGAGUUGUCAAUAUCCUUCUCGUAAUAGUAAACAUAAUUUUAAACAUCAUCUCUGUCGGGCAAAGGCAGAGCACCUUGAUGAUGAUGAUCCCCCUACCCAACCCCUCAUGAGCAUUUCAUCACUGCCACAACCUCCGGAACCUCCUCCCUCUUCUCCACAUCUUAAUGUUAUACAAAAGCAACAAGAACCAGCUAUCAUCAUCCCUGGCGCUCCCGAUGCUGCUGCUGCUGCGGAUGAUGAUGAUCAAUCGCCACAACUGCUACAAUUAGCCAACUCUCCCAUUUUAUCAGCUUGUUUAAUUGGCCUCUUCACCGGGCUUGCUGUUGUGCUUUUCAAUUACACGGUACAUGAAAUACGUGACUUGAGCUGGGGUGAAAUCCCAAAUCUAGGUGCCUCAUGGUUAAGGGAGGAAUCCAUUGAAGCAAAGUGGAGGCGUGUAAUCUUAGUUCCUGCUUCUGGAGGGCUGGUAGUUAGUCUGAUAAACAUGAUUCGAACUGCUGUGGAGGAUGAUUCAGCAGAUGGAACUGUGCUAUUCAACAUCAAAUCCACACUAAAACCAAUUUUGAAAACUGUGGCUGCUUGUGUCACCUUAGGAACGGGGAAUUCAUUGGGACCAGAAGGCCCAAGUGUUGAGAUUGGUGUCUCCGUAGCUAAAGGAGUAUGUAAAGUUCUCGAUAAAGGAGCUCGAAGAAAGCUAUCACUCAGGGCUGCAGGGUCAGCUGCUGGAAUUUCUUCGGGAUUUAAUGCUGCUGUGGCUGGUUGUUUUUUUGCGGUGGAGUCAGUCCUGUGGCCUUCACCUGCAGAAUCAUCCUUAUCCUUGACAAAUACAACUUCAAUGGUCAUCCUGAGUGCUGUAAUAGCUUCUGUCAUGUCAGAAAUUGGUUUGGGCUCUGAACCAGCUUUUGCUGUUCCAGUCUAUGAUUUUCGUUCUCCAAGUGAACUGCCACUCUAUCUUUUGCUGGGUGUACUAUGUGGCUUGGUUUCAGUUGGUUUAUCUAAGUCGACAUCUUUCAUGUUGGUUGUCUUUGAUGGCAUUCAAAGAGUUGGGAUACCAAGAGCAGUAUUUCCCAUACUUGGUGGUUUGUCUGUUGGACUUAUAGCUUUGGCAUAUCCUGAGAUUCUUUACUGGGGAUUUCAGAAUGUUGACACUCUGUUGGAGUCUCAACCUUUUGCAAACAACCUUUCUGCGGAUCUGUUGCUUCAGCUGGUGGCUGUGAAAAUUGUAGCAACUUCCUUAUGUCGAGCUUCUGGAUUAGUGGGUGGUUACUAUGCACCUUCUUUAUUUAUUGGUGGUGCUACAGGUAUGGCAUAUGGGAAAAUUGUUGGUCAUUUGAUUUCUGAAUCCAAUCCAAUCUUCCAUCUUUCGAUCUUGGAAGUUGCUUCACCUCAAGCAUAUGGCCUGGUUGGCAUGGCUGCUACUCUAGCAGGGGUAUGCCAGGUACCCCUUACUGCAGUUUUGCUUCUCUUUGAACUAACACAGGAUUAUCGAAUUGUUCUGCCACUGUUGGGAGCUGUGGGGCUCUCUUCAUGGAUUACAUCUGACAAGACAAGGAAAAGGUCCAUUGAUGACACCAGAGAACUGAAAAAUGGAAAUAAUGCUAUAGCAACUUCAAGAGGAAGAUAUUCUUAUGACUUGAGAGUUAAUUCUACUUCUUCUGAUACCAACGAACUGAAUGGAAAUAGUAUUUGUGAACUUGAGAGUUCACUCUGUCUGAAUGACUCUGAUGAUGAUGCAGAUUACUUGGCAAAUAAAAUUCUGGUUUCAGAGGCCAUGAAAACAAAAUAUGUCAAGGCGCUGAUGAGCACUUCUCUGACAGAUGUUGUGUCGCUCAUGCUGGAAGAGAAGCAGUCUUGCGCAGUAAUAGUUGAUGACAACAAUCAACUCGUUGGUCAGCUAACCAUUAGUGACAUUCAGCAGUUCAUUGAGUUGUCCAGGGCAAAAGGCAGGAAAACUCAGGUGCUUAGGGUAUCUGAACUAUGUUCAUCUUUUGGUGCAAGAUGUUCAGUAUCUUGGAUAGCGACUCCGAAUAUGAGUCUCUUUUCUGCCAGGUCUCUGAUGAAUAGACAUGGAAUAUGCCAACUACCUGUUAUCACGGAGGAUGCGAAUUGUGGAGGCUGUCCAGUUGGUCUCUUGGACAGAGAGUCCAUUGAUCUUGCUUGCAGAGCAUAUGCAGUUCGGGAGGGCCUCAAUUGGUGUUUGACGCGGGAAAAUUUCAAGAGUUGACACAGAUGGCAAUAUACUUAUCAUUAGUUGGUGCCCAACGAGGAAUUUACUAAUAGCUUUGUGUACAUUCAUUUUCAGUGCCAUAAUUGAAUCAUCGAAGUGGCACUCAGUUCUCGGAUGCACCAUUACAGACUUGUUACGAUGUGACAACAUACUAGAAAAAAAAUUGAUCGUGUAUAUAUUGCCUCUGUCACAUGCAAGCUAAUAUUGUCUUUCACCAACUGAAGUACACAAAAGCUAACAUCUUGUGAAUGUGAACGCUAUGUAACUGUGUCAGAUUGUCAGAAUACCCUGAAUACUUUUGCUUGUUUGA